ACCAAACGAAAAUUAGGUCUCCCUAUCUCCCCUCAGACCCCAAACCCCAAACCCCAACCUUAUCUCCGUAAGUCUCUCCUCUGUCAAGCUUCCAAAAUUCUCUCCUCUGUAAGUCUCCCUCUCUAACACUCAGCCCUCUAGAUCCGUUCAACGCCACUGAACUCAGCCUCUGCAAGAACUCAGCUCUCGGCUUUCUCUCCCUAACGACCCCGCCGAGCUCAGCUUCUGCAAGAACCAAGCGACCCCGCCGAAGCAAGAACCAGCCGACCACACAGUCUCUUCCGCUUUCUCUGAGGAAUAAGUGCCUAAGCUAAUGAGAGGCGUCCACGGCUGGAGAAGACGAUGAGAGCAACCUCAGCAUCGCACAAAACAGAUAACUCAUAAGCUUUCUUAAGCAAACCAUUACGUCGUUUACAGAAGAUGUCAGCAGAUGUGGCUAGAGCUCACGGUGGAGACGCUGGCGGUGAUCCUCCACCGGAUCCUACUAGGAUCCCGACUACAUGCGACUCAGGAAUCCCAAUUAAGAGAAAGGGUCGUGGCGCAGCUAUUGGAAAAGAUCUAGAGGAGAGGCGGCGUAAAAAUGGAAAACCACUGGAAGUAACGUUUUGCCCACGAACGUACAAGGUUGUUGGGAGCGAGCACGCUGCUUUUGUCCGCCUUGUGGGAACCCAAAUUAAAACGAAAGUUCCCGGACAUUACGGUUCAUGGGAAUUAGUGCCUCAACAAUACAAGGAUCAGGUCCUUGCCAUAAUUCAGUACUAUUAUCAAAUAGCGGGCCGCGAGGAUUUCUUAAAGUGUUUAAAUGGUAUCGAUCGAGAGAUGAAAGACCGAUACCGCAAUAGGAAAACACUAAGACACGAACACUUUGAGAAAUACUACAAUGGACCGGAGGAUUGGGAUAAGGUUCUAAACAACCCAACCAAUGAUGUUAACAAGGAGGAGUGGAAGCAGAUUUGUCAGUUAUUUACAAGUCCACAAUUUAUUGCGCGCUCCAUAAAGAAUAAGGAAAAUCGGAAGAAACAAAAGUAUUCUACAACACAGGGUACAAAAUCGCUGGCAGCCGUCCGUUUUGAAAAAACGAACCCGGACCUCAUUGAGUCAUGGAAGAAUUAUCAUUGGAAGAAAUCAAAAAAUGAUUUCGUGAACGAUGAUGCUCGCCAAGAUUAUGAAAAACUGAAGGCUGAUUUUGAGUUACGAACUCAGCAAACAUCCACUGAUGCUUCUAAUAAUGAUAGUCCGUCAUCAGUUGAUCAGGAGGAGGUGCUACAAAAAGUAUUAGGCCAAAGGCGUGGACAUGAGCGAGGAGUGGGCCGCAAAUUGAAGGGGUCGGGGUCGGGGUCGAGGUCAUCAUCUACCCAACACUCUCACUUCAGCGAGUCUCGAGUUCCUCCUCAUCAUUCAAGAGAAUAUAUAGAAAAUCUGGAGAAUAAUUUACAGAAAUUGACUGAUCAAGUUAAUUUCUUAACUCAAUAUUUUGUACCUCCAUUUCGUCCACCAAACGUUCAGAUGCCGCAUGUGCCUGAUAGUGACAAUACUUCUAGGGCUUCGUCUUCUCAACCUCCAGCUCCAACUCAUCCUUCUAUGUACGGGGCAGCGCCGUCUUAUCAUAUGGUACCUCCAUAUAUGUACGGAACAACACAUUAUCCGUGUCCGAUUCCACCGUCCUCCCAGCCAUCGUAUCCCUACAUGUAUGGAGCUGGAUCGUCUACAUUACCUCCCCAAUAUCCUUGGCCGAUGCCGCCACCGCCACCGCAGCAAUCACAACCACCGCAACAACCACAACAAGAAGACAAUAGGGAGGAGGACGAGACAACUGACUUAGGAGACUAA